CAGACCAUUGAAAUUCCUGGGACGCGUAAAGAUGGGCAAACAGGCAUUUUAAGACAUCCACUCACACCCAACGGUUUAAUUUCUCAACCAUGUCCAGAAGUGGGCACGAUUUUCGAGGCAUUUCAAUACUCAUUCCAACGUUUUCCUAACCGGCCAUUUCUUGGACAUCGUCCAUUCGACAAAUCGACCAAAAAAUAUGGUGAUUAUGUUUGGCAAACUUAUUCUCAGAUCAAUGAACGUAUAAAUGAGCUUGGAAGUGGAAUUUGCUUUGUCCUUGAAAAAGAACUCGGGCUCAAAAAGAAUGUUGGCUCUACUUUGGGUGUUUGGUCUCUUAAUCGUCCCGAGUAUCAUAUCGUCAACCAAACUGCUGCUGCGUUUAACUUUAUAACUGUUCCGCUUUACGAGACAUUCGGUCUCGACACAGUUAGGUACUGCGUGAAUCAUGCAGAAGUCCAUACGUUAGUUUUAUCGGAAAAUCACAUUCGUGGUUUAUUCAAAGUACGCUCAGAAAUUCCAAAAGUGAAAUUGUUAAUUUCGAUGAAUCCUCUGGAAGACAUAAAUUUAAAGAAUGAGGCCAAAAAAUAUAAUUUAACUCUUUACGAAUUCAACGAAAUUGAAUUCUUAGGCCGAGAACAUCCAUAUCCGCACAACCCACCUAAACCAAAAGAUCCUUCAACAAUUAUGUAUACAUCUGGAACAACAGGUCUUCCAAAGGGAGUUGUAUUGACGCAUGAGAAUUUCACCUCGGCAAUGGCCGGUUUCAUAACAGCGUUUCAAAUUACUCAGGAUGAUGUAUUGAUUUCUUAUUUGCCAUUGCCACAUAUAUUUGGUCGAUGCAUGGAAGAAAUUGUUGCCGCUGCUGGUGGAAGUAUUGGUUAUUUCCACGGAGAUCCAAAUGAGUUACUUCUGGACGUCCAAACUUUAAAGCCAACUGUGUUCCCAGCUGUUCCAAGGAUAUGGAACAAAGUUUAUCAUUCUUUAGUCGCCGCAACAAUCGAAGCACCUGGUGAGGUGGGUAAAAUAUCGAGGAUGGCCGUAGCAGAAAAACUAAAAAAUCUUGAAGAGACAGGUGAACUGAAACAUCCUGUGUGGGACGAGAAAGUCUUUAAAAAGUGUCGAUUGGCAAUUGGAGGGCGAGCUCGAUUGCUUAUAUCUGGUGCAGCACCAAUUGGCAUAAAUGUAUUGCAAUUUCUGAGAAUUGCCUUUUCCGUUACAUUUAUAGAGGGCUAUGGUCAAACCGAAAAUUCUGCAACUACCACUGCUACACUUUAUGGAGAGAAUAAUAGGGCAGGUAGCGUUGGCAUACCUCACAUAUG